AUGGUCCUAGAAACUACAGUGGUCGAUAUGCAGAUGCAGGAGAUCACGGAUUUCGUUCGCGAUGCUCGUCUGUUCAUCUCCCAUCACAAUCCCGCUAUUAAGACUGCUGCCCUUCAGGUUUACUACUCUGCGCUCAUAUUUAGCCCCAAGAGCAGUGUAAUUCGACAACAAUUCUCUUACUAG